AUGGCCGGGCGAGGACGGCUCUGGGCGCUGCUGCUGGCGCUCUGCGGCGUGCUGGGCGCCCUGUGCUUGCAGGGCUCGCGGGCGGACGAGCCCGAAGCGGCGGCGGCGGCGGCUGCAGCGGGCGGCGGCGGCGCGAACCGGCGGCGGCGCCUGAGCCAGGCGGACGGCAUCUCUUUCGAGUAUCACCGCUACCCGGAGCUGCGGGAGGCGCUGGUGUCGGUGUGGCUGCAGUGCUCGGACAUCAGCAGAAUCUACACGGUGGGCCGGAGCUUCGAGGGCAGAGAGCUGCUGGUCAUCGAGAUCUCCGACAACCCCGGCGAGCAUGAGCCUGGGGAGCCAGAAUUCAAAUUUGUUGGGAACAUGCAUGGAAAUGAAGCUGUUGGAAGGGAGCUUCUCAUCUUCUUGGCUCAGUACUUGUGCAAUGAAUAUCAGAAGGGAAAUGAAACAAUAAUCAAUUUGAUCCACAGCACACGGAUCCACAUCAUGCCAUCCCUGAAUCCAGAUGGUUUUGAGAAGGCAGCAUCACAGCCAGGUGAACUCAAAGACUGGUUUGUUGGCCGAAGUAAUGCACAAGGGAUAGACCUAAACCGAAACUUCCCUGAUCUGGAUAGAAUAGUCUAUGUCAAUGAGAAAGAAGGUGGUCCAAACAAUCACUUACUGAAAAACCUGAAGAAAGCUGUGGAUCAGAACUCAAAGCUUGCACCUGAAACAAAAGCUGUGAUUCACUGGAUUAUGGAUAUUUCCUUUGUGCUGUCAGCCAAUCUUCACGGUGGGGAUCUUGUAGCCAAUUACCCUUAUGAUGAGACACGCACUGGCAGAGCUCAUGAAUACAGCCCUAGCCCAGAUGAUGCUAUUUUUCAAAGCUUAGCUCGAAGUUAUUCAUCCUUUAAUCCAGCCAUGUCUGAUCCAAACAGGCCACCAUGUCGCAAGAAUGAUGACGAUAGCAGCUUCAUAGAUGGGACAACCAAUGGUGGUGCUUGGUAUAGUGUUCCAGGAGGUAUGCAGGACUUCAACUACCUCAGCAGCAACUGUUUUGAAAUCACCAUAGAACUUAGCUGUGAAAAAUUCCCUCCUGAGGAAACCCUGAAAAGUUAUUGGGAGAAUAACAAGAAUUCACUUAUCAAUUACAUUGAGCAGAUUCAUCGAGGGGUAAAAGGAUUUGUAAGGGAUCUUCAGGGUAACCCUAUUGCUAAUGCCACCAUUUCUGUGGAGGGGAUAGACCAUGAUAUUACAUCUGCCAAGGAUGGUGAUUAUUGGCGAUUGCUUGUCCCUGGAAAUUAUAAAGUCACAGCCUCAGCACCAGGUUAUCUAGCAAUAACUAAAAAAGUGGCAGUUCCCUUCAGUCCUGCUGUCAAGGUUGAUUUUGAUCUGGAGUCAUUGUCUGAAAGAAAAGAAGAGGAGAAGGAAGAGUUAAUGGAGUGGUGGAAGAUGAUGUCAGAAACUUUAAAUUUUUAAGCAGAAGCUCUGAAUUUACAGCUUUUAAUCUAUUAUGUGUUGACUUAGUAUGAUGUAAUGUGGGAAGUCCCUAUAUUUUAGAUUUUGUGUAGCUUGCAAUAUUUAACUUCAGUUGUUUUGAAUCUUUUUUUUUAAAAAAACCAAUAAUCUACAUUAUAUUAAAACCAAUUACUAGGUGCUUUCCCAUCAUCAUUCACUACAUAUACAUGGGGAAAGAAUAUCUGAAUGAAUGUAACAUCCUCCUAACUCAGAUACGAAUGUGUGUUUUUCACUUACAAAUCCUGUAUUGUGUAGGUUAAGCACAUUUAAAAUAACCCUAGAGUAAUUAGCAGUCCCUUGCUGCUGCUGUUGCCGCCACAAAUAUUUGCAAAUACAGAUGAUACUCUCUCAUUUCUUUUAAGAUAAUAGCACUGAAACUGUAAGAAUUUGAUGUUGUAAGUAAUGCUUUACUACAAUUAAAAUUUGUGUCUCUGGAAGAGCCAUGCAAAAUGCAAAUCAGAAGUACUUGGGUUUCAUCUACUUACAUGGAAAUAACUUUCAUCAUUCUUAGUUGAAAGCUCAGAGGAAAUAAAACAUUUCUCCUUGUUCUGACCAGUGAUGUUCCCAAGUAACUUGGCAAUCAGAUUAAACAUUCUCAGUGGAUAAAGAAUUGCCAUCUAGUGAGUGCAUGCCAUCUAGGUUUCUUGUGCUUGCAGUGUAUUCUUUCUACUAUCCUGUUUGUCAGCAGUUGUGUGUGUAUUUA